ACGACCGGAACGUUCGCUGCUAAGGACGCAGAGUCUCCUCUUUCUCUUCCGCACGAGCGCGCACUAAUAAACUACUUACUUACUUACUUACCUUUAUCGUCCAAGUCGCGAAAAUACCUCGAUUAGACUUUAUUUGAAUACGCCGUCGCUAUAUUGCAGUUAUAGGAGAUAAAGAAGCACGAUUAUUAUACAGUCGUCGAUAAAUACAGAAAGAGAUGAUGACCGAUUGGAUACGUCUCUUGGCCAUUUGCGCAGUUUUUGUUUUCGCAGUCCAAGCUCAGCCGACGGGAUUGAACGACCCAUCAAAAAAAGAUGAAGAAACAACCAAACCUGCAGGAACACUCAGUAAUUCUGGACUCGAUGAUGUCGCGUCGACGAGAGUUGAGAAUGAGCAUGACACGCAACAAAAGAAAGAAAAUCAACAGCAAGAGCAACAGCAGCAGCAGAUGCUGCAACAGCAACUGCAGCAGCAAGAGCAAUUAGAAGCUGCGCAGCCGAAAGCUUUGCCAAGCUCGUUGUUGCUCGAUCAGCUGGUUAGAAGCAACGCACCGCAACAUGGGAAAAAUUACGACCAACUGUCAUAUUAUCAAGACCCACGCUACAAGCGAGAACUCGAUAUUGAUCCGGAGGAGCUUAUCGCUUUUCUCUCACUCUACGAUAACGAUCCACGCAAUCGAGGAAACUGGAGAUACAGCAACGAGGAAUACGAUGUCGAUGAUGAUUCCGCUUUAAUGGGAAUGAGCGGUGACGAUCCGAGAGGAAACAAUUGGCCAGAUGCUGAACUUGGUUAUCCCCUGCAACAAGUGAUUCGCAAUCGUUACGAGCCUUUGAGCGCGUCAGAAUUGGCGCGAAGCCGCUACUACACCGACAAGUAUAUGCCAAGCGGUUUGGACGCUCAGCAGCAACAGCAGCAGCCUUACAAUAACGACGCUGCUGCCCUCCCUGAAUACGGUACCCCCCAAUAUGGAGUCGCUUACGGUUCCGUGUCGCCUCAUCGAAACGCCUAUUACCAGCCAGAAAAAAGAUUCAUGGUCGCGAGAAAACGAUCUCAAAAUUACGAUGGCUACGGCAACGCACACAAUGGAUUAAUGUACAACAGUCACAAUUAUCCGGGCUACCAACAUCGUCUUUUCUAUUAAAUAGCCAAGUGCAAAAUUACCAUGGUCGAAUUGUAUACAAACUGACCUGAUGAAAUUUUGAAAAACGCUGGGUAAUCAUUUUUAUCUCGCAUAUUACACUUAUACAGAUACAUUAUCACUUAGUACAUAAAGUUCCGAGGCGAUGAUUACUGUAAAAUCUCUAAGAAGGUAGCGACGAAACAAUUUUAAAUAGGAGGAAAAUGAGACUGUUAAAAUCAUGACUAAUACCAAUGUAUUCGUAAUUACUUAACUUAAUCGAAUCCAUAAUAUAUUGCGUUUAAACAAACUUUAUCAUAAAACUAUGUGUACACAUAAUAACAAAUAAACGCAUACUAUAUAGGUGACAUAUCUUCGAUCUGAGCUUGCACCCGACAAUCUGCUAUUGUAAAAAGCUCAUUGCCAAUUGUUUUUCUCCUGCACGCGCUACUGGUCCAAGAGCUCUAUCAGCUGUAUUAUGCGAUUUUUUUGGAUCACGAAAGUAUCUUUGAAUUUCGAAAUAAAAUUUUCCUUUCUUUUAUUGCAUACCGUAGGCAUUCGAAAUGUGAUAAAUAUAACAGCUGAACUGUACGAGUCGAGUGUAAGCACAAUCGUCGCGAUAGAUCAUUACGUAAAGUAAAUAAAUAUUUUUCAAUCUGACAGAAUAUGUUUUACAAGAAUACGUAAAAUAAUAAUUCAUGUUUCAAUAUUUUACAUAACGUUGCGUAGAUGAAUGAAAUAUCAAAUUUUAAUUUUAAAAAAUUCAGAUUCCUGCUCUUUAAAUGUAAAUGAUGCAUGUACUGCUUGAAAUUCAAUAUUAUAGAUUUUCAUUAAUGAAAAAAUAGAGUUCGUUUCAUCGCGAUUUGAAUAACUAUUUACGUGCUGGAUAACGUAAGCCAUUUAUUAAAUUAACGCAUUUGUCUUUAAGUAUAAAAAUUAUACAAAUAUGUAAAUGUAUAUUUAUAUACAAGUAUAUGAUAUAUAAAUAUAUGAGAACGCAAAGACUCUAAGUUCGAUUACGAACAAUUUUCUAAAUGUCCAAUCAUAUUUUUUUAUUCACUCAUAAAGUAGAAAACAGUUCCAAAUAAUUUAAAUCAAAGGGUUCAAAUCAAUUGUUUCAUAUUGAUAAUUUUAAAUAUCUUAAACUUUUCUUCAAUGAAAAAACUAGGAUAUAUGUAGAGGCAACAUUUUCAUUUUUAAUAUUUAAAAUUAAUACUUAAAAGUUUUGAAAGGAUUUUCGAUGUAAUAAUUUAUUUUAUAUGUUGUCAGUACCAGAGCAUUGACAAAUGAAAGUUUUUAAAAUACAAUGCAUUUUCAUGUGACAUAAGGUA